AUGCUAAGUAACAGAAUAUAUUUCUGGAAUCUGACCAACACAAUAAUUUUAUUCUCAUUAACUACAACUGGAAUUGUGGGAAAUUUCUCUCUGUUUUACUACUAUCUAGCCUAUUAUAGAGAAUGCAAAUUAAAAACUAUAUAUUUGAUUCACAUCCACCUAAUAUCAGCCAACACCUUGAUUGUACUCUCUAGAGGAGUGCCCCACACAAUGGCAGCUUUUGGUUUGAAGCAAUUUUUAAAUGAAUUUGGAUGCAGAUUACUUUUGUACAUUGAAAGAGUUGGCCGCAGUAUGUCCAUUGGCACCAUCUGCCUUUUGAGUGUCUUGCAGACCAUCAUCAUCAGUCACAAGGAAUUCUGUUGUAAGGAUCCAAAAGCCAAAGCUUCUAAGUACAUUGGCUGCUCCAUUGGCCUCCUCUGGGUCGUGCACAUUUUGUUACAUUUCAUUUUCCUUGUGCACCCAAUUUUCAAAUGGUAUAGUAAUAAUGUGACAAGAAUACGAGAUAAUGGAUACUGCUCCACUCAAGGGCGGAAUGAAAUCUUUGACUCACUCUAUGCAGUAUUGGUGGUGUGCCCUGAAAUAUUAUUUUCUUUGCUCAUGGCCUGGUCUAGUGGCUACAUGAUUGUCGUUCUUUACAGACACAAGAAGAGGGUUCAACACAUCCGUAGCACUUGUGGUUUCAGGAGAAACUUCCCUGAGUCCAAAGCCACCCAUAGCAUCCUCAUCCUGGUGUGUACCUUUCUGGCUUUUUAUACUCUCUCCUCCAUUCUACAAGGCUGCUUGGCUCUUUUGCAUAAUCAUAGUUGGUGGCUUGUGAACAUCACUAACCUCACUUCCUUGUGUUUUUCUUGUUUUGGACCCUUUGUCCUUAUGAAUCCUUGCUCUAUGGUUCCAAGAUGCAGUUUUUACUGGAUGAGGAAUGUAAACUCUCUUUUCCUUAAGUAA